AAGGCACAGCGUCUUUGUGUCAGCGGCACUUUCACUCAUUUUCUUUAAAACAGCCGGCUCCAAGAGCUCUGGAUCUGAUAUUCCACAGUGCUGUACCUGGAUUGUGUGCGGAAGACGUGUUGUCUGCAACGUCACCUCGGUUGUGUACAGGGAAAUGAUUUUUGGAUUCCUAUCCAAUCAGAGUGGCAGUACGAUAUAUCUUCGAUUCAUACUCCAACCGGCGGAGAUUCCGCAACAGGGACAGAAAUCCUGUAUUGGGUGGGUCGCAAGCGUUGAUAUCGGUGCCAACGAGGACGCGAACGCCAACGUACUGGUUACAGUUAACGACUCCUUCACCGGACAGGCGGACCAGGUGACGGCAGAUGUGUCUUCGUUACUAGGGGAACAGAAGGUGGAUGCCAUUCUGUGUGUGGCAGGAGGCUGGGCAGGAGGAAGCGCCAAGGCAAAAGCUCUCUUUAAGAACAGUGACUUGAUGUGGAAACAGAGUGUGUGGACCUCAACCAUUUCCAGUCACCUAGCAACCAAACACCUGAAGGAGGGAGGGCUGCUCACUUUGGCGGGGGCCAAGGCUGGUUUGACUGGAUCCCCAGGUAUGCUGGGUUAUGGCAUGGCGAAGGCAGCAGUCCACCAGCUGUGUCAGUCUCUAGCAGGAGCCAACAGUGGUCUGCCUCCUGGAGCAACUGCUGUCGCUAUACUGCCUGUCACAUUGGACACGCCCAUGAACAGGAAGUUUAUGCCAGAGGGUGACACCACUUCCUGGACGCCGUUGGAAUACGUGGCUGAACUGUUCUACAACUGGACGAGUGGAGAGAACCGUCCUGCGUCCGGUACACUGGUGGAGCUGGUGACAUCACAGGGCCAGACACAGGCCACGCCCGUAUAGACACAGGCCACGCCCCCCUGGGAAGUAAUUGUCCAAAUUGCCAACUCAAAAUCUGCCUGUGUCUCAGGUCCCAUUCUAACUGAGCAGAACCUUAACACAUCCCACUAGAGCCCCUGUAAACAAGCAGUGCACGUUUUAAGGUGUGUGUGUACACAAUCUGUCCCCUGUGUAAGGUGCCUCCAGCUGCUAUAAACCCUAAAACUGA